CUCUUUUCCCCAACCAUCAGUCCAUCAACAUCUCUCCUAUAUGUAAUGACCCUAGUUGACAAGACUGAUUCAUUAAUGUACUUAUUUUCCAUGGUAUCGUGGUAUGGUGUGGCUUUCUGCAAUGGAAUUUUUGCUGUGUUUAAUAAGCAAACACUUAUAGUUAGGGCCCGGAAAUUUUCGCGAACCGCGAAAUAACGCGAAAUACCGCGAAAUGCCACCAAAAUUACAUUAUAUGCGAAAUUCCACAAUAAACCAUCUAUUCGCGAAAUAACCGCUAAAUCAUUUAAAUUCACUGGUUUACAUAAGCGUUCACCCUAAUUUACGUAUUUUGCUUUCACCCGAAACUCGCGUUACACUUAUUUACAGCAAUAUUAUAUGCUCUUUAUUCAUAAAAUCUACAUUUCAUAACCCCAUGUGAAUUAAUAUUGUUCUGUUUUCUAUUCCACGUAACGUAACCUACGAACGAAAACCAAAACAAACACAUCGACGCCUGCUAGACGCGAGUGCGAGCGUAGGCGAUAAGCGCCCGAGUUCGAGAUAAUCGAUUUAAGUGUCGAUACAUUCAUGGCAACUGUUUUUUCUGUGCGUAAAAGUGUAGCCGGUGCAGUCUAUUAACGAUUCUAUCCGUUUACCGCGUCAGUGGCCACGCGCAUUGUGUUCAUGUGUUUACUAAAGGGAUGUUCACAAUAAAAUUAUCUCGUGAUUGAUGAAAUACGUGUUUGUUAAUACUGAGUGUUGAAAAUGCCGAAAGUUGUAAGUGUUUUUGAUCGCGCACGUGAAUUUGAGAGCGAUGGAUUUUACGUUUUUGACAAAGUGAACAAAACAUUGAUGUGUAAAUUUUGUAAUGUUAAAAUAGAGUGGGCUCGCAAAGACACGUGUGUCAAGCAUUGCCGCGAUGGUACAGUGCACAGACAGAAAAAAGCAGCAGCUGAAUCACAAGCCUGCACAAGCAAAAGGCAAAUUUCUGUUGGUGACAGCUUUCAGGUGGCAAAAAAGACGAAAGUUGACAAAGAAAUUUUUGCCUUAUCUUUGACAAAAGCUUUCAAGGAAGCGAACAUACCAUUGGAGAAACUCGGCGAUCCUGCAAUAAAAAACUUUGUGGAAACUUUUGUUCCUGGUGGAGGGCAGUUACCAUGUGUAAAAACAUUGCGUGAGACGUAUGUGCCCAAGAUCCAAGAAGCGGCUGAGGAGCAGUGGAUUAAAUCAAUUGAGGGACAAGAUAUUGUUAUUUUGUGUGAUGAAACCACUGACAAAAAGGGACAGUGUGUUUUUGUGGUGCUUUUCAAAACAUUACAAGCUUCAGACUCACAAAUUCUUCUUGUUGCCGGGGUCAAAAUUUUAGAGAAUUCUAAUGCUAGUGAGUGCUCGCGGGCAAUAUUAGAAGUACUGACAAAAUUUAAGGUUUACCAUACAAGGGUUGUUGCGGUUGUGUGUGACAGUGCACGCUACAUGACAAAGUGUGUGCAUUCUUUACAAGUUGUUCUUUCGUCUGAGGGUAGGGACGUCAUUCAUGAUCAGUGUUGGAGUCAUAAACUGAAUCUCAUUCAAAAUAUUUGGCCCCAAUCUCUGCCGGAGCUUAACAAUUUUGUUAGCAAAACGAAAACAGCAUUUAUGAACACGCGCAAAAGGAAACACAAGUACUUGUGUUUUCUCAAGCAGCGCUAUCCAGAACAAGAAAAGCCUCAUGUUCUGUUUCCAUCACCAGUCCUUACAAGAUGGGGUUCAUGGUUUGAGUCGGUGGGUUAUGUUAACACAUACCUUGACGACUUGGUAACAUACCUGAAGUCACUGGAGCUCGAGUCGUCAGAAGCUCUGAUGUAUUUUCAAACCUUGUCAGUGGAAGAGAUUGUAAUCAUUCAAUGUCAGGCUGAAUUUCUCGUCGAACAUGGGUGUGCUUUGGUUGAGCUGACAAAGCAGCUGGAGGGUUCAAGCUACCCCAUGUCCCACUUGAUCAGUGGAAAACUCUCAGACUUGUUGAAAAGUUUGCAGCUGGUGAAUGAUUUUAAUUUUGGCUCAAAAACAAAUGAGAGUCUAAAGUUGUUGGCAGCUGUUAAACAAGGUUUGGUUAAAUCCCAGUUCCAGUCCUGUGGGUUGAGGUGUCACACAAAGUUGAUGAAGUUGAUUAAUGAAGAUCCUUCCAAAAAUAUCUUCCAAAACUUGGGGCAACUGUUUAAUCCACGGGAAAUAAUGUUGGAUGAUGUUUGCAAUGAUAUGGUCAGGGCAGGAAAAUCAUUGCCAUUUGUUUCAGUUUCAACUGUUUCAGGAAAAGAAUUUUUGGAAGGAUACUCAGCCUUAAAGGAAAUAGUAGUUGAGAAAGUGAAAAAGAGUGAAGGAAGUGUGGAUAUCAUUCCAAUUCUGUUGGCCUUGAAACUGGACCAUUCAGCUUUUGCAUGCAAUGCUCUGAAAGCCAUUUGGAUACCAGUAUCAAAUGUUGACUCUGAAAGGACAUUUUCAGCAUAUUCCGAUGUGUUUUCAGACAAAAGGCGAAGUUUGAAACCUCAAAACGUUGAGCUUAUGGUCUCAUUGUACUUUGGAAGUAAAACAUAACAUGUUGAAGAAACUCGGACUAAGUUAUACUUACAGUGCUGAAUUGUUAUUAGCAUAAAUUUUGCUUCUUGUCUUACAUAUUGAAUAAUUUUUGUAAUUUUUAACUAUUGAAACUGUUGAUUUGUAAUUUGUAUUGUUUUGUGGAAAGCUGGAAAAAAAUGUAGGCCUGUCCGAUUAUAUUUGCAUUCUAUAUGACAUAAUUUUUGUAAGUACAGCGUGUAUUUUUUUUUAAUUCACACUUCCGAAGUGCAGUUUUUAUGACGAAAUAUAAAAAUUUUUAUGGCGAAAUCUGCUUAUUUUAUUUACCGUUAAAGUAGGGCUCUACGUUAUAGUCCGUAGUAAAAGAGAAACUAAAAUAAUAUUAAAUAAUUGUAAUAGGAUCUUUUCUUUCAGUAAAAUGUCUCUCAAAACCUUUAGAUGAAUCCAUUCUAGCAAAGGCAAUGAUGGAAACUCCUUCACCAAAUUAAUUAAAUGCUGUUUUAUUUAUUUACUACUUUAACACUUAAUGAAAAUACAACACUUAAAAUGUCUGUCCACAAAUUAAUCAUUCUUUUAUUUAGUCCACAGUUUACUCCCCCCACUCGAGCUCGACCCAACAGAGGCUCUCCCUACUGCUUGUCUAUUACCCCGCACCUCUGUCCCAACACACUCUCUCACAUUCUUAUUUGCCCGUCACACACAACAUACUGUGUUUUAUCGCAUAAUCGUCGCACAUUUUAUUCUAAAAUCAAGUUUGAAAAGUAGGGGUGCUACGUUUAUGCGAGGAAAACAUAACCCAUUAAUAGAAAGUACGUUUAUUUAAAAAGUGAAGUAUACAAGAGCACGCCAAACAAUUUAAAUUAAUAAG